AUGGAUCUUCAGCCUCCGUGGUCGAUGCAGUGGGAGCUUUUACCUGCUGGCCUUCAGCCCAGCAGGUCUGAUCAGGCAGUGGUAGGUUUUAGCUCAGGAGAGAUUACAGAUGCUCCAUGUAGAGGAAGUGACCUGCACCCAGCAGACCCCAGAGAGCCGGGAACCAAGACCCGAGUGGUCCAGAGAGCAGGGGCCAAAGACCCGAGUGGUCCAGAGAGCCGGGAACCAAGACCCGAGUGGUCCAGAGAGCCGGGAACCAAGACCCGAGUGGUCCAGAGAGCCGGGAACCAAGACCCGAGUGGUCCAGAGAGCCGGGAACCAAGACCCGAGUGGUCCAGAGAGCCGGGAACCAAGACCCGAGUGGUCCAGAGAGCCGGGAACCAAGACCCGAGUGGUCCAGAGAGCCGGGAACCAAGACCCGAGUGGUCCAGAGAGCCGGGAACCAAGACCCGAGUGGUCCAGAGAGCCGGGAACCAAGACCCGAGUGGUCCAGAGAGCCGGGAACCAAGACCCGAGUGGUCCAGAGAGCCGGGAACCAAGACCCGAGUGGUCCAGAGAGCCGGGAACCAAGACCCGAGUGGUCCAGAGAGCCGGGAACCAAGACCCGAGUGGUCCAGAGAGCCGGGAACCAAGACCCGAGUGGUCCAGAGAGCCGGGAACCAAGACCUGAGUGGUCCAGAGAGCCGGGAACCAAGACCAGAGUGGUCCAGAGAGCCGGGAACCAAGACCCGAGUGGUCCAGAGAGCCGGGAACCAAGACCCGAGUGGUCCAGAGAGCCGGGAACCAAGACCCGAGUGGUCCAGAGAGCCGGGAACCAAGACCCGAGUGGUCCAGAGAGCCGGGAACCAAGACCCGAGUGGUCCAGAGAGCCGGGAACCAAGACCCGAGUGGUCCAGAGAGCCGGGAACCAAGACCCGAGUGGUCCAGAGAGCCGGGAACCAAGACCCGAGUGGUCCAGAGAGCCGGGAACCAAGACCCGAGUGGUCCAGAGAGCCGGGAACCAAGACCCGAGUGGUCCAGAGAGCCGGGAACCAAGACCCGAGUGGUCCAGAGAGCCGGGAACCAAGACCUGAGUGGUCCAGAGAGCCGGGAACCAAGACCCGAGUGGUCCAGAGAGCCGGGAACCAAGACCCGAGUGGUCCAGAGAGCCGGGAACCAAGACCCGAGUGGUCCAGAGAGCCGGGAACCAAGACCCGAGUGGUCCAGAGAGCCGGGAACCAAGACCCGAGUGGUCCAGAGAGCCGGGAACCAAGACCCGAGUGGUCCAGAGAGCCGGGAACCAAGACCCGAGUGGUCCAGAGAGCCGGGAACCAAGACCCGAGUGGUCCAGAGAGCCGGGAACCAAGACCCGAGUGGUCCAGAGAGCCGGGAACCAAGACCCGAGUGGUCCAGAGAGCCGGGAACCAAGACCCGAGUGGUCCAGAGAGCCGGGAACCAAGACCCGAGUGGUCCAGAGAGCCGGGAACCAAGACCCGAGUGGUCCAGAGAGCCGGGAACCAAGACCCGAGUGGUCCAGAGAGCCGGGAACCAAGACCCGAGUGGUCCAGAGAGCCGGGAACCAAGACCCGAGUGGUCCAGAGAGCCGGGAACCAAGACCAGAGUGGUCCAGAGAGCCGGGAACCAAGACCAGAGUGGUCCAGAGAGCCGGGAACCAAGACCAGAGUGGUCCAGAGAGCCGGGAACCAAGACCAGAGUGGUCCAGAGAGCCGGGAACCAAGACCAGAGUGGUCCAGAGAGCCGGGAACCAAGACCAGAGUGGUCCAGAGAGCCGGGAACCAAGACCAGAGUGGUCCAGAGAGCCGGGAACCAAGACCAGAGUCGUCCAGAGAGCCGGGAACCAAGACCAGAGUGGUCCAGAGAGCCGGGAACCAAGACCCAAGUGGUCCAGAGAGCAGGGGCCAAAGACCCAAGUGGUCCAGAGAGCAGGGGCCAAAGACCCAAGUGGUCCAGAGAGCAGGGGCCAAAGACCCAAGUGGUCCAGAGAGCAGGGGCCAAAGACCCAGGUGGUCCAGAGAGCAGGGGCCAAAGACCCAAGUGGUCCAGAGAGCAGGGGCCAAAGACCCAAGUGGUCCAGAGAGCAGGGGCCAAAGCCCCAAGUGGUCCAGAGAGCAGGGGUCAAAGACCCAAGUGGUCCAGAGAGCAGGGGUCAAAGACCCAAGUGGUCCAGAGAGCAGGGGUCAAAGACCCAAGUGGUCCAGAGAGCAGGGGUCAAAGACCCAAGUGGUCCAGAGAGCAGGGCCCAAAGACCCAAGUGGUCCAGAGAGCAGGGCCCAAAGACCCAAGUGGUCCAGAGAGCAGGGCCCAAAGACCCAUGUGGUCCAGAGAGCAGGGGCCCAAAGACCCAUGUGGUCCAGAGAGCAGGGGCCAAAGACCCAAGUGGUCCAGAGAGCAGGGGCCAAAGACCCAAGUGGUCCAGAGAGCAGGGGCCAAAGACCCAAGUGGUCCAGAGAGCAGGGGCCAAAGACCCAAGUGGUCCAGAGAGCAGGGGUCAAAGACCCAAGUGGUCCAGAGAGCAGGGGCCAAAGACCCAAGUGGUCCAGAGAGCAGGGCCCAAAGACCCAUGUGGUCCAGAGAGCAGGGGCCCAAGACCAGAGUGGUCCAGAGAGCCAGGAACCAAGACCCAAGUGGUCCAGAGAGCAGGGGCCAAAGACCCAAGUGGUCCAGAGAGCAGGGCCAAAGACCCAAGUGGUCCAGAGAGCAGGGGCCAAAGACCCAAGUGGUCCAGAGAGCAGGGGCCAAAGACCCAAGUGGUCCAGAGAGCAGGGGCCAAAGACCCAGGUGGUCCAGAGAGCAGGGGCCAAAGACCCAAGUGGUCCAGAGAGCAGGGGCCAAAGACCCAAGUGGUCCAGAGAGCAGGGGCCAAAGACCCAAGUGGUCCAGAGAGCAGGGGCCAAAGACCCAAGUGGUCCAGAGAGCAGGGGCCAAAGACCCAAGUGGUCCAGAGAGCAGGGGUCAAAGACCCAAGUGGUCCAGAGAGCAGGGGUCAAAGACCCAAGUGGUCCAGAGAGCAGGGGUCAAAGACCCAAGUGGUCCAGAGAGCAGGGGCCAAAGACCCAAGUGGUCCAGAGAGCAGGGCCCAAAGACCCAUGUGGUCCAGAGAGCAGGGGCCCAAAGACCCAUGUGGUCCAGAGAGCAGGGGCCAAAGACCCAAGUGGUCCAGAGAGCAGGGGCCCAAGACCCAAGUGGUCCAGAGAGCAGGGGCCAAGAGUUGUCAGUUGCAAACGGAAUUGCAAAUUUUAG